AUGUCCUCUCUUCAGCAUACUAGUUUGUCCAGCGUAGAUACAAAUCUAUUAUUUGUCUUUGUUGAGAGAUGGCAUGCUGAAACAUCAUCAUUUCAUAUGUCAUUCGGCGAGAUGACCAUUACGUUGGAUGAUGCUUCAUGUCUCCUACAUAUACCGAUUAGGGGUUCGUUGGUUGGCCCUAAGUAUGUUGUCACUGAUACCAAUGCUAUCACUCUAUCUGUUGAAUUGUUUGGUGUUUUAUUGAGGGAUCCAUCUAAGGAGGCUACUGCCGUUAGGGGUCCUUAUUAUAGGUUAGAUUGGUUGAAGCAAAUAUUUGAGCAAUAG